GCCGGAACCACUGCCUAACCACCAGUCAUGUAACUGGGCGACUUGAAUCGUGAUGAGGAGUUAUCUUGGUCUUCGGGCUUGUUUGGUGCUUUGCUUGGUGCUGUGCGUCUGUCGGGCAAGCGAAACGACCUUUAGCGUCAACGACGAUCUGUUUGCGUUCCCCCAAUAUAGCAUUGAAUUCGCAAAAUCAUACAUUCUCGACACAGAUGCCGCGGAUCUUUUAGACCGGCGGCGGAGGGAAGCCGCUUCUGAUGCUCCACGGUCAUCGCAGACACAAUUGAAGGAUCUCUCCGCGAGCCUUAACCCGGAGACGGACAGCGAGUCGGUCCCAGAAGAUCCGACGCAAUCGGGCUCUUAUGAGCGCCUCCUCUUGCAUGGGUACCCGCACCUGUGCUUCAUCCCCGAAGCGAAAGAGAUCAUCGACAAUCGGACGACCCCCGAGCCGACUGCGGCCGAUCGCGAAAAAGAGUUGGACCAAGCCGUCGCAAGAGCUUCACAGCUUCUACAAGGGAUGGCGUCGAACCAAUGCCUAUAUUACUCUACGGGCUGGUGGACCUAUUCCUUCUGCUAUAACGCUCAGGUAACCCAAUUUCAUGCCCUCCCCCCGGGCACGAAUGGCAGGAUAUGGCCACCGCAAGAAGACCCUACCACUCCAACCUACGUCUUGGGCAAGUUUGAAACUCCGAAACAGGGAGAUUCGAAGCCACAACCUGGCUCCGAUAAGGCACUCUCUACCGAAGUAAGGUCAAAAGCCGAGACCAACUACCUGGUGCAGCGGCUGGAGGGAGGGACGCCAUGCGAUCUCACGGGCAAUGACCGCAAGAUCGAGGUACAAUUCCACUGCAACCCGCAGUUGACCGACCGAAUUGGCUGGAUCAAGGAGACGGCUACCUGCGCCUAUCUCAUGAUCAUCUACACGCCACGGCUUUGCAACGAUGUCGCAUUCCAGCCGCCAAAGGAAAGUCGCGCUCAUCUCGUCACUUGCCGGGAGAUCAUCUCCGAAGAUGACGUGGAGGCGUGGGAAGCGCGUCACGAAGAGGAAGGCUCUCGCCAAGCGCUGGGCCAAGGGCAGCCUCAACAGAUCAUGCUGGGCAAUAUCGAAGUGGGUGCCAUGAGACUCGUAGGUCGCGAGGGCAAGAGGCUCGAGAGAGGGCGGAUUGUCCUGACCAAAGACGAGAAGGCCGAGACGGUCAUCAUGCAGAAGAAGGGACAGAUCUCUGGCAUGUCCAAGGCGGAGCUCGAGAAGCUUGAUCUGAGCCCAGAGGAUAUUGAUGCCUUUCGCAAAGAGCUGCAGAAGUUAGCCGGCACCAAGGACUGGAAGAUUGAGCGUUUAGACGAUGUGAAUGGGCACAUUCAACUCAGAGGCGUGGUGGCCACAGAUGAUGACGAAGAGAGUGACGAGCAGGAAGAGAGCAAGCCUCCAUCAACAGAGAACGAAGAAGGUAUUGGCAGCCAGGAAGAAUAUGCUGGAGAGGCCUAAGCCAUAUGACUUGUAGUACGGAUAGGUCAAUGAUGCUCGCCUGAAUGCCUUGAUAUGGCCAACGUGCAUGCGCAAGUCCGACGUGGCUUGAGAGGUGCACGGCACCCGGGUCAGAAUACAACUUCUAAGCACGGUAGUCGUGAUACGUGGAGAUCCUGUAUCUUCAUGCAUGUUGAUGUAAGCAUUUUUGGGUG